CACCCCUAUCCCGCUCCCGCGCGCGGGGAAUGGCACAUCCCGAGGUCGCCGCUUCCGCCGGCGCCGCGAGCUGGACGGGCCGCUAGCUGCCCUUGGUGGCGGGGUCGCUGUUGGCACCAGGGCUGGAGUCAUGGCAAGCUUACUUCACUUGGUGCGCGACCACUGGGUGCAUCUGCUUGUCCCGGUGGGCUUUGUCUUCGGAUGCUACCUGGACAGGAGGAGCGAUGAAAAGCUCACAGCUUUCCGAAACAAGAGCAUGCUGUUUAAAAGGGAGUUGAGGCCUAAUGAAGAAGUUACCUGGAAAUAAAGUCACAGGAGGUUCACCUUUUGCAAGUUACGGGAGAAAUAAAACCAUGUUUAUUAUUAUUUGAUUGAA